GAUUUCGCUCCAAGUGAACUUUGACUGCCCUGUAACGACCGCCAUCAUCGAGACACCACACGGGCCCUCUUCCGUAGUCAAGGUACCCGUCCGUCUACGAUGCCAUCAUUAUAUAAACACUAAGGGCGCCCACGUGAGUGGAAAACCUGGGAGGUGCACACUCCAAUGCACAUUUGAGCGCUGCUGCUCUUCUCUCCUCAGCAUAGCGGAACCGAUCGAUCUACCUACUUCGCCCAACAUUUUUCUUCCUUCGGUUCAUAAUCGCACACGUGUCGAACUUUACUUGCGCUCUAUGGUAUGCAUCUGUUCCUGGCAUCUCAGUUGUCUAUGAACGUGGAGAGCUCCUGCUACAGACAGACAUAUCCAAUACUUUUACGUCGGCACGAUCCACAUCCGGACGAUGUCCAGCAGGGAAGAAAGCAUGGACGGCCAGACUUCAUCUAGUUAUUCUGAAGAUACGUCACCCUUGGGAGAAGAGGCGGCGUAUGCUCCGCCGGAAGAUACACAACAGGACGGAUCAUCCGAGACGUCUGAAGUCUCUAUGGUCGUUCACAAUGGAUCCAUCAGCGAGGAUGUCGCCCCGCCUAGAAUCUUAUUAAACGACGGUCCGGCACAGAACGUACCGGACUAUACGAUUGAUAACUCGCGAGUCACUUCCUACGUUACCGAGUGUCAGGCUAACCACUCCCGCCUGUUCGAAGCCAACCACAACAACAAUGUCAUCGAAGACAGACAGACGGAGAUGGCGACACGCCUGAUUACCAUGAUGAGGCCGCUUGAAGGUUUCACCGGCCUAUACCCUGCCACGAUUCCCGAGGCGACGGAGGAAUUGAUCAAUUAAUAUCUCGAUUUGCUCGUCGGCUCAUUGGAAAGGAUCAUGCUCUUUUCCUUUCGCCCAUUGGAGGGCCGCAUACACAGGUUGGUCGCCAAGGAGAGGUAGACAUAUGCUUCUAGAUUGUGUGAGAUUUUGGAAAGAGGCAUGUAGAGGAGGAUGGGGCUAU